GGGCGUACUUGCUGUGGAGGCGAGUUUUUGAGAAGCUUAGCGGCUGCCGGUUCGCCGUUCCCUCAGGGAAGGCUUGUUCCCCCCCAGCCGUCGCCACCAUGUCCGGUACCCGAGCAGCAGCCGCGGCGGCAGCUGCGGCCGUUGCUGCCUCCAACGACCGAGCUCUUCACCAGAACCCCCCUGUAGCGGCUGCCGGCGGUCUGAAGCGGAUGCGGAGCGAGCCGGGCGGCAACCGAGUGACGGUGGUGCUGGGCGCUCAGUGGGGGGACGAAGGCAAAGGCAAAGUGGUGGAUCUCUUGGCCACCGACGCCGACAUCGUCUGCAGGUGCCAGGGAGGAAAUAAUGCAGGCCAUACGGUGGUUGUUGAUGGGAAGGAAUAUGAUUUUCAUCUCUUUCCUAGUGGUAUAAUUAAUCCCAAGGCAAUUUCUUUUAUUGGAAAUGGAGUAGUUAUACAUUUACCAGGCUUAUUUGAAGAAGCUGAAAAAAAUGAAAAGAAAGGUUUAAGAGACUGGGAGAAAAGACUCAUUAUAUCUGACAGAGCACACAUUGUGUUUGAUUUUCACCAGGCAGUUGAUGGACUUCAAGAAGUACAGCGGCAAGCACAAGAGGGGAAAAACAUUGGUACAACGAAGAAAGGAAUUGGACCAACCUAUUCUUCCAAAGCUGCACGGACAGGCCUUCGGAUUUGUGAUCUUCUUUCAGAUUUUGAUGAAUUUUCUUCAAGAUUUAAGAACUUGGCGCAUCAAUACAAGUCAAUGUUUCCUUCUUUAGAAACUGAUGUAGAAGGACAGCUAAAAAAACUAAAGGGCUAUGCCGAAAAGAUAAGACCAAUGGUCCGAGAUGGUGUUUAUUUUAUGUAUGAAGCUCUACAUGGGUCUCCAAAGAAAAUUCUUGUCGAGGGUGCCAACGCAGCCCUGCUUGACAUUGACUUUGGUACAUAUCCUUUUGUGACAUCGUCGAACUGCACUGUGGGAGGUGUAUGCACUGGUCUUGGUAUUCCUCCUCAGCAUGUUGGAGAAGUAUAUGGUGUAGUGAAGGCCUACACAACAAGAGUGGGAAUAGGAGCCUUCCCCACUGAGCAAAUAAAUGAAAUUGGAGAUCUUUUACAGUCUCGAGGCCAUGAAUGGGGAGUGACCACAGGUAGAAAAAGGCGCUGUGGUUGGCUUGACCUUGUCAUUUUGAGAUACGCUCAUAUGAUCAAUGGAUUCACUGCUCUGGCAUUAACAAAACUGGAUAUUCUGGAUGUCCUUGAUGAAAUCAAAAUUGGCUUUGCUUACAAGCUGGGUGGAAAAAGGAUCCCUUAUUUUCCAGCUAACCAGGAAAUACUGCAGAAAGUGGAGGUGGAAUAUGAAACCAUGCCCGGAUGGAAGAGUGACACAACUAGUGCCAGAAAAUGGGAAGAACUGCCACUUAAGGCACAAAAUUACAUUCGGUUUGUGGAAAAUCAUGUUGGGGUGCCAGUUAAAUGGGUUGGAGUUGGAAAAUCAAGAGAAUCAAUGAUCCAGCUUUUUUAGUGAAACAAAGAACUUCGCUGGCAAGAAACACA